CACGUUCUGCGGAAGGAUCCCUCCCACCCAAACGGCAUGCGAAACAUCAGCACCACCUACCUUCAGUUCUCACCCGAUGGAUCAGAUAUCCUAGCUAAUCUCGGAGGAGACCAUAUCUACCUCUUCUCUACGACUGGACGAAAGAACGCCUUCAACUGUCCCGUCUCACCUGAUGUGCCCGAUUCCCUCUGGUCUUCCGGACCAUCGAAGUCGAACAGUUCGGCGCCAUCGAUAGUCCAAAAAUGCGUCCACUCCGACGGUGAAGCCUUCCGUACGUUCAGGAGUAUGAGAAAUAGGAAAUACGGCUAUUUUUAG